AUGGAGGACAAACCUAUUUUAGAAGAGCUGCUGGUAAAAAAGUCUCAGCAGAAGAAAAAAAUAUCUCCAAAUAAUUACAAAGAGCGAUGGUUUGUUCUUACAAAAGCAAGUCUCUCCUACUAUGAAUAUGAGAAAGAGAAAAAAGGAACUCGAAAGGGAUCAAUUGACAUCCAGAAAAUCCGAUGUGUGGAGGCAGUGGAUCUUGAGGAACAAACCCUUCCAGAGAGACCAUUUCCCUUUCAGAUUGUGUACAAAGGUGGCCUCCUGUAUGUUUUCUCUGCCAGCGAAGAGAGUCGAAGGCGAUGGUUAGAGACUUUGCAUAGAGAACUGAAGAACAAUACAGAUUUACUACACAAGUAUCACAAAGGCUUCUUUUCCAAUGGGAAGUUCCUGUGCUGUAAUCAGACUUGCAAAGCAGCUCCAGGAUGCACAAUAUGGGGAAAAUAUUCCAGCCUACACAGUGCCGGCAAUACAGUGAAGCCACUCCCACCUAUACCAGGACAACAUAACAGAGAAGACAGAAGGCAGCUUCCAUGUGUAAAAUAUGACCAGACAUUUCUAAAAGAAGCAUUGGCUAUCUAUGAUUAUGAACCAAAGGGAAACUCUGAUGUUCAUCUUGUCAGGAACAAAAAAUACCAUAUUCUGAAAGAUGAGGAUCCUGACUGGUGGCAAGUGAGAGAUUUGGAAGGAAAUGAAGGCUUAGCUCCCAGUGGUUAUUUCAAGGUGGUGUCCCCAACUACUGAUGAAUCAUGGAGAAGCACUGAGAAAACUGGAGUGAUAUCAUUGGAAGAGGAGGAAAGCAUGGCCAGCUAUGAUUGGUAUGCUGGUAAUCUCUCAAGGGCCCAGGCAGAACAACUCCUUCGGCAAAAGGGGAAAGAAGGUGCAUUUAUGGUGCGCAAUUCCAGUUACGUGGGGAAAUACACUGUAUCAGUGCUCAGCAUGAUCUGCAAAGAUAAAAAGGGAGUAGUUAAACACUAUCAUGUUCAUGUAAACAGCGCAAACCAGUUUUACUUGGCUGAGAAUUACUGUUUCAGUUCACUUCCCAAGCUUAUUCACUACCACCAACACAAUUCAGCAGGGAUGGUUACACGGCUUCGACAUGCGGUCUCUGCAAAGGCAAACAAGGUUCCAUCCACAUCACCUUCGGGAAAUGGACCUUGGGAGCUGAAGCGAGAGGAUAUUGUCUUGAAGAGAGAAAUAGGAACUGGCCAGUUUGGAGUCGUCCACGUGGGGAAAUGGAAAGGGAAAUACGAUGUUGCUGUUAAAAUGAUCAAGGAAGGAUCAAUGUCUGAAGAUGAAUUCAUAGAAGAAGCCGAAACCAUGAUGAAACUGAAUCAUCCCAAACUUGUUAAAUUGUACGGUGUCUGCACCAAGAUAUACCCCAUCUAUAUUGUGGCUGAAUACAUGCCUAAUGGCUGCUUGCUUAGUUAUUUGAAAAGCCAUGGAAAAGAACUUCACCCCCUUCAGCUGCUGGAGAUGUGUUACCAUGUUUGUGAAGCGAUGGCUUUCCUUGAGAGCCACAAGUUCAUACACCGAGAUCUGGCUGCUAGAAAUUGCCUAGUUGAUACUGACCUGACCGUGAAGGUGUCUGAUUUUGGAAUGACAAGGUAUGUGCUGGAUGACCAAUAUGUCAGUUCCCUGGGAACUAAAUUUCCAGUGAAGUGGUCAGCACCAGAGGUUUUUCAUUACUCUAAAUUCAGCAGCAAGUCUGAUGUCUGGGCCUUUGGAAUUUUAAUGUGGGAGGUGUUCACGUUGGGAAAACAACCCUAUGACCGGUAUGAUAAUAUGCAAGUGAUUGAGAAGGUUUGCAAUGGUUAUCGGCUUUAUCGUCCACAACUGGCUUCUGAGGCAAUCUAUCAAAUCAUGUACAGCUGCUGGCAUGAGUUGCCUGAAGAACGCCCCUCGUUUCACCAUCUGCUCUUGCUGAUGGAACCACACAGAGAAAAAGACAAGCCUUGAAGAACCAGCCAUCUUAAGUAGAAUCCUCCCACAUGUAUCUCUCUCAAGCUCUCACAGAAAUGUUGCCUCUAAAAUUUUGCUUAGCAUUGCUUGCUUAAAUGUGAUUAAAGCAGCAAAAUGGUUCAAAUAUUAAGCAGUGAGAUAACACAUGCAUUUUAGUGAUUUUUAAG